AUGAAGAUCUUCAUAUUCUUGGCACUGGCUGGUGUCAGUGUCUGCAAUGAUUAUGGCGGAAACUAUCAACCACCAAUAAUGUGUGGGCCAGGCGGAUAUGCCUCAUCAGGUCAAGGUGGGGGAUCUUGGCAAUUUGGUAAUAGUGGUGGAGUUUCCUUAGGUCAAGGAGAAUCUUCGAAAACAGGUCAGGGUGGUGGAUUUUGGCAAUCAGGUGAAGGUGGUCUAUCUUGGAAAACUGGUAAUGGUGGUGAAGGUUCCACAGUUCAAGAAGGAUCUUGGUCAGGUCACGGUGGACAAUCAUCAGGCCAUAGUGGUGGAGGUUUCUUAGGUCAAGAAGGAUCUUGGCAAUCAGGUCAGAGUAGUGGAUCUGUGCAAUCAGGUAAUGGUGGUGGAUCUGGGCAAUCAGUUAAUGGUGGUGGGGGUUUCUCAGGUCAAGAAGGAUCUUGGCAAUCAGGUCAGGGUGGUGGAUCUGUGCAAUCAGGUAAUGGUGGUGGAUCUGGGCAAUCAGUUAAUGGUGGUGGGGGUUCCUUAGUUCAAGGAGAAUCUUUUCAGGCAGGUCAGGGUGGUGGAUCUGUGCAAUCAGGUAAUGGUGGUGGAUCUGGGCAAUCAGUUAAUGGUGGUGGGGGUUUCUCAGGUCAAGAAGGAUCUUGGCAAUCAGGUCAGAGUAGUGGAUCUGUGCAAUCAGGUAAUGGUGGCGGAUCUGGGCAAUCAGUUAAUGGUGGUGGGGGUUUCUCAGGUCAAGAAGGAUCUUGGCAAUCAGGUCAGGGUGGUGGAUCUGUGCAAUCAGGUAAUGGUGGUGGAUCUGGGCAAUCAGUUAAUGGUGGUGGGGGUUCCUUAGUUCAAGGAGAAUCUUUUCAGGCAGGUCAGGGUGGUGGAUCUGUUCAAUCAGGUAAUGGUGGUGGAUCUGGGCAAUCAGUUAAUGGUGGUGGGGGUUUCUCAGGUCAAGAAGGAUCUUGGCAAUCAGGUCAGGGUGGUGGAUCUAUGCAAUCAGGUAAUGGUGGUUCCUUAGAUGAACGAGAAUCUUGGAGAACAGGUCAGGGUGGUGGAUUUUGGCAAUCAGGUAAUGGUGGUGUAGGCUCCACAGUUCAAGAAGGAUCUUGGUCAGGUCACGGUGGACAAUCAUCAGGCCAUAGUGGUGGAGGUUUCUUAGGUCAAGAAGGAUCUUGGCAAUCAGCUCAGAAUGGUGGAUCUAUGCAAUCAGGUAAUGGUGGUGGAUCUGGGCAAUCAGUUAAUGGUGGUGGGGGUUCCUUAGUUCAAGGAGAAUCUUUUCAGGCAGGUCAGGGUGGUGGAUCUGUGCAAUCAGGUAAUGAUGGUGGAUCUGGGCAAUCAGUUAAUGGUGGUGGGGGUUUCUCAGGUCAAGAAGGAUCUUGGCAAUCAGGUCAGGGUGGUGGAUCUAUGCAAUCAGGUAAUGGUGGUUCCUUAGAUGAACGAGAAUCUUGGAGAACAGGUCAGGGUGGUGGAUUUCGGCAAUCAGGUAAUGGUGGUGUAGGUUCCACAGUUCAAGAAGGAUCUUGGUCAGGUCAUGGUGGACAAUCAUCAGGCCAUAGUGGUGGAGGUUUCUUAGGUCAAGAAGGAUCUUGGCAAUCAGCUCAGAAUGGUGGAUCUGUGCAAUCAGGUAAUGGUGGUGGAUCUGGGCAAUCAGUUAAUGGUGGUGGGGGUUCCUUAGUUCAAGGAGAAUCUUUGCAGGCAGGUCAGGGUGGUGGAUCUGUGCAAUCAGGUAAUGGUGGUGGAUCUGGGCAAUCAGUUAAUGGUGGUGGGGGUUCCUUAGUUCAAGGAGAAUCUUUUCAGGCAGGUCAGGGUGGUGGAUCUGUGCAAUCAGGUAAUGAUGGUGGAUCUGGGCAAUCAGUUAAUGGUGGUGGGGGUUUCUCAGGUCAAGAAGGAUCUUGGCAAUCAGGUCAGGGUGGUGGAUCUAUGCAAUCAGGUAAUGGUGGUUCCUUAGAUGAACGAGAAUCUUGGAGAACAGGUCAGGGUGGUGGAUUUUGGCAAUCAGGUAAUGGUGGUGUAGGUUCCACAGUUCAAGAAGGAUCUUGGUCAGGUCAUGGUGGACAAUCAUCAGGCCAUAGUGGUGGAGGUUUCUUAGGUCAAGAAGGAUCUUGGCAAUCAGCUCAGAAUGGUGGAUCUGUGCAAUCAGGUAAUGGUGGUGGAUCUGGGCAAUCAGUUAAUGGUGGUGGGGGUUCCUUAGUUCAAGGAGAAUCUUUGCAGGCAGGUCAGGGUGGUGGAUCUGUGCAAUCAGGUAAUGGUGGUUCCUUAGAUGAACGAGAAUCUUGGAAAACAGGUCAGGGUGGUGGAUUUUGGCAAUCAGGUAAAGUUGGUGGAUCUUGGCAAACUGGUAAUGGUGGUGUAGGUUCCACAGUUCAAGAAGGAUCUUGGUCAGGUCACGGUGGACAAUCAUCAGGCCAAAGUGGUGGAGGUUUCUCAGGUCAAGGAGAAUCUUUACAGGCAGGUCAGGGUGGUGGAUCUAUGCAAUCAGGUAAUGGUGGUGGAUCUGGGCAAUCAGUUAAUGGUGGUGGGGGUUCCUUGUUAUCUUGGAAAACAGGUAAGGGUGGUGGAGUUUGGCAAAUUGGUAAUGGUGGUGAAGGUUCCGCAGGUCAAGGAGGAUCUUGGACAGGUCAUGGUGGACAAUCAUCAGGCCAUGGUGUUGGAGGUUCUUGGUCAACUUGGUCAUCUUGGUCAUCAUCUUCCUCCUCGUCAUCAUCUUCCUCGCUAACUUUCCAGUGUGAUUCCAAGUACAAAAAUAACUUUGCCAAUGAUGACAAGUGCCUGAAACAUGCAUUAGAGAAUGUCAAAGGUCUUGGACUAAUUGGACAAAAGAUCCUCUGUAAACAUAAAGAGAAAAAGAAUAAUAUGACAAAGGAAUACUUCCAAGAAUUAAAGGGCCACUUAGAAAGCUUUGCGGGAUGCACCGGCUGUGGUGUCGGACGUGUCUUUGGUAUACAAGAACCAUUGGGAGAUAUUGGAUUUGAAGUUGGUGGUACUGCGUCAAAAUUACUCGAAGGCAUUGAAAAACUUAAGGCAAAUUUGGGCCUGGCUGAACCUGUUCUUAACAUUCUCUGCCCCAUGCUCGGUCCGUUAUUUGCCUCAAAAUGUGUAGAUAAGCUCAUCGGCAAAGACGUUUCAAAAGUGACCAACAACGUGAAGAACAUACUAUGCAAGAAAGAAGAAGAUCUGGAUGUUAAACAGACUAUAAAAACAAUGAGACAUGGCGGCUGUCUGGCAGAUGCCGCGCUGGGAACUGACGAUACAUUGGAAGAUCUGACCGAAGAUGUUGGUGAAGCUCUGGCUCCAGCAGUGAAGGACGUUGUGAGGACUCUGAAGGAUAACCACCUUACUGGUAGUGUUGUGAAGUUAUUAUGCCCAGUGGGACAACUUCUAAAUAAUGUAGUGAAUGGAGGCAGUAAUGGCCCUCUUGGCAGUCUUCUUGGAGGAGGCGAUAAGGGUGGUCUUCUUGGUGGUGUCCUUGGAGGAGGCGAUAAGGAUGGUGGUCUUCUUGGUGGUGUCCUUGGAGGAGGCAAUAAGAAAAGUGGUCUUCUUGGUGGUGUCCUUGGAGGAGGCAAGAAGAAAGGUGGUCUUCUUGGUCGCAGACGCUAGGUUACACAAUGAAAACUUCACAUGGUUUUGGAACUCAGGAUCCCAACACCGAUGAGUCCGACACCGAACAAAUGGAUCACAUAAAAAUUUUCUGAAAAUUCUCUCAAUCUUCUCUUUACAGAUUUCUCUAAUUCUUUAUUGUUGAUUGUUACCAAAUUUUCUCACUUCUAAUCAAAUCUUAUAUCAGAAAAUGUAUUUUCUUCUAAUCAAAUCUUAUUUAAAUCAAUAAA